GAUCUAUCGUGGGGUAAACACGAUUUCAAAAAAACGUGAGCAUUGUUUCAAUACAUCGUCGCGUACAUCAGUUUCUACGACCGAGAUUCUUAAUUGAAAUCUGUCAUACAUCGAAAUAAACGGCAAUGAUCUCUUUCAUAGUAUGAGAGCCAAUUGCGCCUCGGAAUUACCUUCACUUGCACGGAAAGGAUGACCGUUUCUACCAACAUGAGUACGACAGGAUGGGAUAAGAAGAUGACCGACAGCGAAACGGGGUCAUCUCGAUUGAAAAGCUAUUCAUGCAGUCUCACGACCGGAUUGGAAAACACGAAGUGCACCGCACACGGGCGCCUGCGUUCUCGCGGCAGCCGUUCCACGUAUCGCCGGAUGUUGGUCGACGAACGUUUAUUAGAUGACAACAUUUCGAUGGCCCGCCUGUGUCCCGCCUUUCCUCGCGGAAGGGAAAAAGUCCGCGGGUGGAUGGAGAUUACGAGUCGAAAUAAACGCGCGGGCUACACGCUCGCAGUUUCCGCGCGGAAUCUCGUCGGAAGCGCCGCGUGUCCAUCGCGGUCGCAGGUCGCAGCGGGGCUCACGAGGCUGGAUCACGAGAGGCUCGAUCGGGAUCGCGGACGACGACGGUGGCAGUAGAGAUCCACGCACGGGGAUCAGAUAGUAGAGGAGGA